AUGGCGAACGCGGCGCAUGCGGCUGGCAGCGCUUUGCAGGAGAAGGAGGACAAGAAGAAGGCCAAGGAGGAGACCAAGCUCCUCAAGGCUGCAGCUGCUAAGGCCAAGGCCUCGCCCGCGCCCAAAGGCAAGGCGAAGGCCAAGGCCAAAGGCAAAGCAGCUGCUCCCGUUCCGAAGACGUCCCUGCCAGUCAAGAAGUCCAUCGGCAAGCACGCCACAUACGGCAAGGUCGACUUCAGCGACCUUCUGAAGGUGGCCGACUGCGAGGGGCGAACCGAGAACCAAUACCCGUCGCGCGCCUACUCGACCGCCAAAGCCAGGGCCGCGAAAGUUUACACCGUCGACCAG